GCGCAGUGGUCUGGCGUGGUGUUUUCAGUUUACUACAGAUUUAAGAGGGAGGAGCGCCGUAACAAAAUGAGCGUAAUGAGUAACCUCUUCCGUGGACCGUGGUCGUCUACUGCAAGACUCGACGGUAAAACAGUACUUAUAACUGGGUCCAACACCGGAAUAGGCAAAGAAACGGCAAGGGAUCUGGCAAAGAGAGGGGCCAGGAUCAUCAUGGCUUGCCGAGAUCUGGGGAAGGCUGAGGCCGCUCAGAAGGAGCUAAUUGAAGACUCUGGAAACCAAAACAUCGUUGUAAAGAAACUGGACUUAUCUGACACAAAGUUAAUCAGAGAAUUUGCAGAGGUAAUCAACAAGGAGGAGAAACAAGUAAAUAUUCUCAUCAACAAUGCAGGAGUCAUGAUGUGUCCCUUCUCUAAGACAGCUGACGGCUUUGAAAUGCAGUUUGGUGUCAACCACUUAGGUCACUUCUUGCUCACGUACCUGCUGUUGGAUCUGAUCAGAAGGUCCGCUCCUGCCAGAAUACUCAACGUCUCCUCCAUGGCGCACACGUGGGGCACAAUCAACCUGGACGACAUCAACAGCGAGAAGAGGUACAAUGACAGGAGGGCGUAUGGUCAGAGCAAGCUGGCCAACAUCCUAUUCUCACGCUCCCUGGCCAAGAGGCUGGAAGGUACUGGGGUGACGGUGUACGCCCUCCAUCCCGGGAUUGUUCAGACCGAACUCGGGAGGCACCUGAACACACCGCUGAAGGUGGCCUACACGAUUGUGAAGCCCUUUCUCAAGACACCCGUGCAGGGGGCUCAGACCUCCAUCUACUGUGCAGUGGAGCCCGCACUGGAGAACGAGAGUGGCCAUUACUACAGUGAAUGCGCACAGGCGACCUGCAGCAGAACCGCCACCGACGACGAGAUGGCCCAGAAGCUGUGGGAGCUGAGCUGCCAGAUGCUGGGGAUAACGUGGGAGUGAAAGGCGGACACCCGUUAGCGGAUUACUGCCGUCUGGACCGGGACACUUUCCGACCCGCGGGCCGGACGCCAAAGCCACAGCGCCCGCCUUCCCACCAGCCUCUGCCACUGUGUAGAGACCAGCUGCCAAACUUUGUCCUUUGUUUUAGAUGCAUUGUGUCCUCAUUUCAUAAGUGGUGGGGUCCAAAGAGCGUACUGAAGAUAGGAUUUACAGCUACACUUAGAAGAGGGCUUUAACGUUGUCCUACACUGUCAAUCCACAUGC